AUGCCUGGCCGCCUCGAAGGAAAGAUAGCCCUAGUGUCCGGGUCAACUCAGGGAUUUGGGCGCGGAAUUCUCGAGACCUUCAUCCGCGAGGAUGCAGUAGUCUUAGGCAUGGACCUCCAGGCGACUGAUGGUCCUGUUGAUGGCUACCCCGAGCAUCAGGCCUAUCAAAUCAAAGCCAACGUUGCCGAGGAGGAAAGCUGGAAGAAGGCUCUUGAGACUUCGAUCACCAAGUUUGGAAAAGCACCCUCCGUCGUCGUCCAUAAUGCCGGAUGGUCAUACCCGAACAAGUCCGGUCUGGAUGUCACCGUUGACGAGUUUGACCGACUCUUUAAUGUCAACGUCCGCAGCAUUUACCUUGCUUCUAAGAUCCUCAUCCCGGAGAUGAAAAAGAACGGCCCUGGCUCCACCAUUGUCAUUUCGAGUGAGAACGCCAUUCGCCCAGGCGCGACUCAGACAUGGUACAACGCUACCAAGGCCGGGGUCUCUUCGGCCACCAAGUCCAUGGCCCUGGAGUUUGCGAGAGAUCAGCUUCGCUUCAAUACUAUCUGCCCGACCUCUGGAAAUACCCCACUGCUGAACAAGUUUGCGGGUAUUGAGGCUGGGCCUGUUCCUGCUGAGAUCAUCAAAGCGAAAUGCGAGGCGAUCCCCAUUGGCCGUCUUGUCGAACCGUCCGAUGUCGCCAACGUUGCUCUCUUCUUGGCAGAGCCUGCGAGCUCCAUUAUUAGUGGUGUUGAAAUUCUCGUGGAUGGCGCGCGUUGUGUAUAA